AUGAGGCAGUGCACGCGGAACAAGGACCCAAUACCCCUGCUAAGGACUGCUGAAGGCGAACAUCUCACUGACGACAGGGCGAAGGCUGAUGACCUUUCUGAAUUUUUUUGGUCUGUUUUUAUUAGCAAAACAGGAUUCAACCCUUCGGCCCCUCAAUCCUUCGAAGACACUCCAAUUAUAGAGGCCGUCCAGUUCACCGAGGGUAUGGUUCUGACGGACUUGCUGAGGCUAAAACAAUCCAAAUUAUCAGGUCCCGAUGAGAUUCCAGCGAAGAUUUUGAAGGAACUCGCCGGUGAGUUGUCUAUGCCACUCUCCAUGCUUCUCCAUACAUCCUUCGAUACCGGAUAUCUGUCACCCGACUGGAAGUCGGCGUGGAUUACGCCGCUGUACAAGGGCAGAAGUCGGGUCUCUGCAAACAAUUACAGACCGGUCAGCCUCAUCUCCAUUUGCUGUAAGAUUAUGGAGAAGAUAAUAAAGCAACAACUAAUGCAGUUCCUUGAACAAAACCAUUUGCUUUCCGAUUCUCAGCAUGGAUUCCGAGAAAGCAGAUCAUGUGUGACAAACCUGCUCUACUAUCUGGAACACUGGACUAGGGCUGUUGAUAGAGGAGAUAUGGUGCAUGCCAUCUAUAUCGACUUUAAAAAGGCCUUCGAUAGUGUGCCUCACCACCGCCUUCUAUACAAACUUAGCCGUGCAGGAGUGCGAGGUAAGCUUCUGAUGUGGAUUCGGAGCUUUUUAAUCGGCCGCUCUCAAGCCGUCCACGUCGGUGACCAACAAUCUGCCGAGGUUGCCGUUAAGAGUGGUGUUCCCUAA